UUUUAAGGAGCUUCUGUAAUUUUGGAAGACUGGACAUUGCCUUUGCGCAGUUCUAUCAUUUCUAAUCAAAGCACCACACAAUCAUUCUUUUUCAGUCAACAAACAAAACCCAAAGAAAACUCAGAACAAUGCUUCCAAUUGAUAAGACCUCUCACUCAUUCUAAACCCUUUUUUGACUCUUUUUCUGUUUGGGUUCUCUGCCCUUCUUUUCUUUUUCUUUCUCUCUCUCUGGACCUUCUUCUUCUUCUCGGAUUGCAUGUGAAGGGCAUCUCUAUAUAGAUAGAUCCGUCUUUUGUUUAUCUUCUCAGCAAUCAAUCAGAGAUGGAUGGUGGUCUUUACUCUUUACCAGAAUAGAUGACAGCAGGGAAAUGACAGUAGCUGCUCGCCUGCUCUGUUACCUGAAGUGACCUCGUUGGACUUAUUUUACUAGAAUCAAACAACGCUAGUGAACAGCUACUCGGCACCCAUGGCUCAACAGGUGCUCUUUUUUAUUUUUUAUUUUUUGUCUUCUCUCGUUCUUUUGAAUCUACCCUUUUAUGGGCUUGCGUCUCAGAUUUCUGGACUCGCUGAUUUCUUCAACGAAGAGGGAUGGCCUCUGGGUUUGCAACCUUUGAAUGUGCGAAUUGGGUUAGCAAGAAACCCUGAGUUUUCUGGGUCGAUAUCAUUCAACACCUUACUCACAGGCUCUCCAAGCUCCUUCUCUGAUUCUUCCUCAGAUUUAGACACAGAGUCAACGGGUUCAUUCUUCCAUGACAAGAGCAUCACACUUGGGAGCCUCAUAGGCGUAUCUAGCAUUAUAGAGCGCUCCAGAAGAUCGGUGAGGGCAAGAGGGCAAGAAGUUUUGAAAGACAAGAAGAGCAACAAGUCCAAAACUUGGUUCUUCUCUCUUUGCCCAACGGAUACCACCGAUGCUGAGAGCGUGAACAACCCAACCCCAUCACUUGGGCAAUUCCUUGCAGUGGAGAGAAGAGCUGCUAACACUGACAGUACCGGAAGGAAUCAGAGCCCUUCCUAUUUCGGACCCGAAGAGCUUGCCUUUGCUCCUCAGCCUUCUGCAGAGGCAAACUCACUAUUUGUGGAUGGCCGUGUUGCUCCCCCUCAAUCAAAUCCAUUGUUAGGUGCAGAAGUUGAGAGAAGAGAUGAGAAAUCAGGACUAGAGCAUGGAAUUCCAGUACUUUUCUCAUGUGUGUGUGGACAGCCCAGCCAUUGAAUGAAUAUAGCCAAUGUCUAGUAGAACUUUUUCUAGUUUUGUGAUUCUCAAAUUGGUCAUUAUAUUUCACCUGCUGGAUAAGAAUAAACUGCCAUUUCCAUUGCUUCACCCCCCCCCCCUCCCUCGUCUUCUUCUUUCCAUAGGGAAUUAUCAUGUGCAUUUGAACCGUUUUUGGUGUUUUGAAAAGCCAUUUAAAGCAUAUAUUUCAUAUUUGUGCCUUCUUUUCUAA